UAAUACGGUUGCAUCAAAUAUGUUUCACCCAAAAGUUGGUUCUUUUCUUUGGCUAGGAUUCAUGUUCUGGUUCCAGAUAUUCAGCGAUGGCAAAAAGUUCAAUUUAACUUUCGACCCGCGGGAGUUGGACUGUUACGGAAAUCAAACUCAUGAAAAGGUCAUGCUUACGGCAUACCGACCUCAAUUCGACAGUGACGAAAAACGGGACUUCACCGAUAUGCGAUUGAAAAAAUUGUACUCCCUGCAAGAUUUCUUGGACAAUCGUGCCCCCUACGUUACGGUUGGAAUGGAUCCUCGGCUGCGCAUUCCGUACGGUAAAGCCAUCUGUAUACCGGAGUUGAAUGCUCACUUCAGGAGGAACAUCAAACUUCAGGUACGGGACACCCAUGAAGAUCUGGCUGGUGGAGGAUUCCGCCGAGUGGACAUUUGCGUGCGCACACAAGCGGAUAGUUUCGAUGACGCCGUCAAUAUGCUGGAAGCCACGAUUAUUUUGUGAUUCAUUAGACUCGUCAAAUGAACGACACGUCAA